AUGUGGAGGCGAGUGGUGUCUUCUUCGUCGGCGGCUCAGCUCCAAGCCCUAGCCGCAUCUCGUUCUCUCACCCGUCGAUUUCUUAUCUCUUCAGCCUCCACGCCUUCCACCCCAAUCUCGCCUCCACCUCCGGUGCCCCUCUCCUCCUCUUUCUUCUUUUCACAUUUCAAUUGCAGCUCAUUGUUCUCUCGAUCAGUAUACAAACUGCGGAUUAGAACGAGUCUGAAGAAGAAGGUGGAGGAUAUAAUGCCCAUUGCUGCGGGUCACGAGCGAGAGGAGCUUCAGGCUGAGCUUGAGGGGAGGGACAUUCUUGAGAUCGAUUAUCCAGUUGGUCCUUUUGGUACCAAGGUUGCACCUGCUCUAGUCAAGUCCUACUUUGUCAAAAGAAUAAUUGGAUGUCCUGGUGUUCAAGGAGAGGAAGAGCACGAUGUUGUGUGGUUUUGGCUGGAGAAAGGCAAGCCGCAUGAAUGCCCCGUCUGUUCCCAAUAUUUCAAGUCUGUAUAUUAGGAUUGUCAUUUUGUAGCCAUCGAUAUGCAUAGGUCUCUAAUUAGUUGUCAAUAUCCUCCACAGCUGGAAGUUGUUGGCCCAGGAGGUCCUCCAGAUGCUCAUCAUUGAUGUAGCUGAGAACUUUUUUGGGGAAAUAAGAUUAAAGUCAUGAGGAGUCAGUAUGUUAUACUGUGUAGCUUCACUAAUUCUUUUGGCGAGUCUUAGUAAUUCAUAGAUCGCUCUGCCAAUGUUUGAGUUGGCGAUAGUUUUGUUCGUUAGAAUAGACAACUAGGUUCUUGCUGGCCUGG